UUAAUUUUCAUGAAUUUAUUGAUCAACAACAUGAGUAUUUCAUGAACCAAAAAUGGUCCUACAACUGGUUGAUUGCUAUUUUAAAAUAUUUAUUGAUUAAUGUACACUCAUUGCCAGUGAGAUUACUUUUCAUGCAGGAAUAAAAAUUAGAAAGGAAACAGCAAACAAACAACAGGAUGGAUAAACAAAUACACAAACAACUGAUAAAAGGAUGAAAGUCAAAAAUGGGAAAUGAAUCAUCAUCAAUGGUUACUUAUGGAACAAGGCUUCUAAACGAUGUAAAAGUUGAAUGGAAAAAGGUAGAAAUGGACGCAAAGUUGCCAGCUCGUGACGGACAUUGUGCGGCCGCUAUUGGGAACGAACUCUACUUUUUUGGUGGAGUUCGUUGGCUUUCUGAUCUUGGGGAAGUGACAGAAUCCAAUGAAAUUCUUGUUUUCGAUGUUGCUUUUCACUCAUUGAACAAGAUUAUCACAGGAGGUGAGGUUCCAUCAGCCAGAUCCUCCGCAACUAUGGCUGCAGUGGGAAAGAAACUGUAUGUUUUUGGUGGACUAAGUAGAGAUUGUGGCUGGCUCAAUGAUCUACAUUCUUUUGAUACUGAAACAAAGCAGUGGCAAAAUAUCACUUGUAAAGGAGACCCUCCAUCUCCACGUGAUAAGCUAUCUUGUGUUGCUAUGGGAUCCAAGAUUCUUUUCUUUGGUGGUUUUGGUCCUAUGGAGAAUUUGGAGACAGGAACAUCUGAGCAGGAGGGAACAGAGUUUGGUUGGUUUAACGAUCUCUUCAGUUUUGACACAGAGAACUGUAUGUGGGAAAAGCUCACUCCUUCAUUUACUGGAUCUCCAACACCUAGAGCAGCUCAUGGAAUGUGUGCUGUUGGAUCAAGACUUGUUGUCUUUGGUGGCAGAGACAGUGUUGGUAGAAAGAAUGAUCUUUUUGUUUUGGAUACAGAAACUUUGGAAUGGAUCUCAAAGCCAACAACAGGAAGACAGCCAGAACCUCGUUCAUUCCACACAUGCACAGCUGUAGGCAACAGAGUGGUAGUUUUUGGUGGAAGAAGUUUGGAGAAUGCUCAUUUUGAUGAUGUGCACAUCUUUGACACAGAGACAAAUGAGUGGCUGCAGCCAUCAACAUCUGGUAACAAACCUUCAGGCAGGGGGGUACACACAGCCACUCUGGUAGGAGACCAGUUUGUACUUUAUGGAGGUUCAUCUGAUUUUGAUGGCAAAGCAAUGCAAUGUCAGGAGUAUUAUGGGGAUGUACAUCUUAUCGCAAAAGAACAACUCUUGUCGGGAACGUCUCAAGGUCCAGACCCUAAUGAUGUCCCAACUGUCCCUGUUCAAGCCCCAUUAAUGGCUGGAGGAUUUGCCAAUAUUCAAGAAUGUCAAACAAUUGAGGAGGAAGACAGCAGCGAUUAUGAAGACUCAUCAGAUGAUCAAUAGUGAAACAAAAUUUUUCUUUUUGUUUUGAGAAGAGAAGCUGCAUUCCAGGGAAUUAACUUAUUUACUCUGGCAGUAGAUGGUAAUGAAACAUUUUGCUUCAAUCACCUGCACAACAAUUUGGUUGCCAAAUAAGUCUAAUUUGUAAAUUUUUUGGCAGAAUAGAUCUUGUGAGUUAAAGAGUUAAGAAUUAAGGAGCAGUUCAACUCACUCCUUUACUUAAUCCACUGCUGCCUCUUCAUUGUGAUAUCAGGAUUGGGUAGUCUAACAGUCUUGAAUUUUAUUUAACUCCUUCACUACCCAUAUGACAUACUCAGUAUGUCACACAAUUUGCAGUUUAUGUGCCCACAUGACUUACUCAGUGCGUCUAAAGUUGGAGAGUAACAGUCAAAUCUUGGACGUUCGAGUUGUAAAAUUACCUGGCCGCUCAAACUCAAAACAAGUUAGAAUUCCAAAAAAAAAAAAAGGGUCAAAUUAGGAGGUUAAAAUGUUGGUGAUGGCAAGCAGUUGACCUGCACUAAUUUAAGCUUUAGGAUGAGUCUUUGACUUCUCAUAAAUUUUUCAAAACAAAUUGUUUUAAUUUUUUUUGACUAUCUAGUUAUUGCCUCUUGGAUGAUGAAGCCAUCAGCAUUUACACUUGUGUUAUAUUGCAUACUAAAAAUUAAUACAUACAAAUUGUAUUUAAUUUGAUAAUGGUGCAAUUUCUUUAUUUGCCUUAUAUCUGACCCUCCCUAAUUUUCCCAAAGUGUAGGAUAUGAAACCACUUUUGAGAUGAUACCCAUAACUGUAAAAAGUUACCCCUAAGAUUAACCAUCUUGUUCUUUAGAGAAUGGAAGAAAUGCAACCUUUAAGGUCCCUCAUUUUCCUGCCCCUCUCUUACUCUAGGGGUGGGAAGGUGAGAAACUCUGAGGAUGAGGUUGGGAGAAAUGAUCUCAAUUUAUUUUCUUGAGAUUUUCCCUUUUGGCAUUUUAUUUGGGUACAGGUAGAGGGAGUAAAUACUUCUUUAAAAUCAAUUUUUUUACCUUGAUGCUACACUGAAAAUUGGUGAAACAGAAUGAUUAGGUGAAAAAAAUGAUUAGAGAUGAAAAUAAAAUGAUUAGAGAUGAAAGGUAUAUGGGGGAACAAUCAAAAUAGUUACAUUUAAAAUUGUGUUUUAUAAGUGACCUACUGCUACAUAUCCCAGAUUAAAUAUUAGGACCAAGGCUACCAAAUGACCCUGUGGGGUUCUUUUGCAUAACCAUAAGAGUUAAAUUUAUAGCUAUGAUUUACAUAUUAUGCAUAUCUAACAUGUAGAAACUCGUCAUAAAGUUCUUCUUCGGCUCAUGACUAUCACUAAUCUGAAAUUUGAUCUUCUAGACACUCUAGGAGAGAAAGGUAUAAAAGUUACAUUCUUGAGAGAGAAAAUACAUUUGAAUCUUCAAGUUGA